UAAGCCCACAAAAAGCUAAUAGGGAAAGAAUACGUAGGGUUUUUUUUUAUCCCUACCACUGCGCUGCCAUAAGAGAAGUACAGGGAGAAACCAGGGAACGGGCCAUAGCAGUGAGCGGCAGCUUAUCUUCUUCUUUAUUACAAAAAUGGUUGCUUUCAGGUUUCAUCAGUACCAAGUGGUGGGGCGAGGUCUCCCAACAGAAGCAGAUCAGCAUCCUAAGAUCUACAGAAUGAAGCUUUGGGCCACCAAUGAAGUCCGUGCCAAAUCCAAGUUUUGGUAUUUCCUGAGGAAGCUGAAGAAGGUGAAGAAAAGCAAUGGACAAGUUUUGGCAAUUAAUGAGAUUUUUGAGAAAAACCCUACCAAGAUCAAGAACUACGGCAUUUGGCUCCGAUAUCAAAGUCGAACUGGUUAUCACAACAUGUACAAGGAAUACCGGGACACAACUCUCAAUGGUGCAGUAGAACAGAUGUACACUGAGAUGGCAUCUCGUCACAGGGUGAGAUUUCCAUGCAUUCAAAUCAUCAAGACAGCUACUAUCCCAGCAAAACUUUGCAAGAGGGACAGCACCAAGCAGUUUCACAACUCCAAGAUCAAAUUCCCACUGGUAUUCAAGAAGGUCAGACCACCUACUAGGAAGCUUAAGACAACAUACAAGGCUUCCAAACCCAACUUGUUUAUGUAGUAGUCCAUAAUUGAUGAUGGUAGGGUAAAAGCCCAUUUAGGUUGAUUACUUGUCCUUGAGAUGGAUAGCAUACAUCAGAUUUUGAACACUUUAUGUUUACUUUUGUAGCCCCUUAUGUCUUGGAAGAUUUUGUAGUUUGAGAAGUUUAUUUUUAAUUUGAUUACCUUGGUGAAUUACUAUUUAUAAUAAUAUUGGACCAUUGUCUAGUUGGUGAA